GUGAUGCAUGCCCCCCUCCAAACUGGUGGUGAACUUUGCUAGCCGGAUGCUAACAGUCUCAGCAGCAUACAGAGAAGUAGACAGCGUCCGUCUGUCCCACAUAAUUAAAACACUGCGGCUAAACUUUUCUUUAAGUUAAAGAUUGUGGUUCGCGGUCCACGUCAGGAUAUAAUAACGUAACAUAGUUUAUACAACAGAUACAAACUGAGGUUAACUAAGUUACUCAGGUAAACUAGCUAACAACAACAUCAGGCUAGCUGACAACCUUUUCUAAAUAGCCCUGUAUCUAUCUCAGAAAUUAACGCGUUUAUUUUAUCUUUGCAACGAUAAAACUCAGGUUGAUCGCUGUAUUAAACGUAAAAGAUGGCUUUCGUGAAACUGACAAGGAAGACCACCUCUUUCAUCUGUCCUUAACAAGACUUCAAAGUCAGGGGGGGAAGAAACUGGACUCAUCCGACUCAUCAUCCAGGUCAAAGAUGGAGUUAGCAGCGGCUCACCCAGCGCUCAAAGCCUUCAUGUGCGGCUCUCUCAGCGGCACCUGCUCCACGCUGCUUUUCCAGCCUUUAGAUCUGGUCAAGACACGACUACAGACCCUGCAGAACAAUGCCAAGCCAGGUGCACCAAAGGUGGGGAUGUUCAAGGUUUUUAUCAACGUUAUUCGGACGGAAAAAUUCUUCAGUCUGUGGAAGGGAGUUUCACCAUCAUUUGUGCGGUGCAUCCCUGGGGUGGGCAUCUACUUCAGCACCUUCUACUCCCUGAAGCAGCACUUCUUUCUGGACCGAGCACCCAAUGCUGGCGAGGCCGUUCUGCUUGGAGCGGGUGCCAGAGGUGUAGCUGGUGUCUGCAUGCUGCCAUUCACAGUAAUAAAGACCCGCUUUGAGAGUGGCUGUUACAACUACGUGAGUGUGGCAGGAGCCCUGAGGAGCAUGUAUGAAACAGAGGGAAUCAGGGCUCUGUUCUCAGGCCUGACUGCAACGCUGCUGCGGGACGCUCCCUUCUCUGGCAUUUACGUCAUGUUUUAUAGCCAGGCCAAGAAGACGCUACCUCAAGAGGUUGCCUCGUCAGCCUAUGCUCCGCUGGUGAACUUCGGCUGCGGGGUGGUUGCUGGCGUCAUGGCAUCUUUGGUCACGCAGCCUGCAGACGUGGUGAAGACCCACAUUCAAGUCAGCCCGUCCCACUGGAGCACAACAGACGCUGUUCGCUACAUCUACAUGGAGCAUGGGAUGCCUGGCUUUUUCCGCGGUGCUGUGCCCAGGUCUCUGCGACGCACUCUAAUGGCUGCUAUGGCUUGGACUGUGUACGAACAGCUGAUGGCUAGAAUGGGCCUCAAAUCCUGAAGAGCAACAAUAGACAGGAUGAAAUAUGAAGGGAUGAAAUGACAGAUAUUUCUCACUGCAAGUCCUGUGAUAGAUGGAGAGGGAAUGGAGGAGCUUGAAAAGGCAAAAAAAAUGUCUUAAAAGUGAGAGUAAGAAUGCCGUGUGUUUGUGUGUGUGGUUUGUUGAUAUAUUUAAAUGUUUGUGAAAACGUGCCUGUUUGUAUCUGUAGGUGUGUAUGUUACACCUGACGCACACUGUUAUGUAAAUCUAUGACUGGAGUGACACUCCCUGCUGUGAAGUGAUCUUAUUCCUCCUCUUGCUGUUAUGUUUGGACACUCUGACAUGAGGCUAGCACUUAAAUAUAAAAGCCUUUAACAGAGGGCCUGUAGCUCUGUCGGGCAGUAUCGUUCCCUGUGAAAACCUUUGAGUUUUAAAUGCUGUGAGGAAAAUGGGUCACUCAGCAAGCUGGUGUCCAUCUGCUUAGGAAACCAAAAAGAAAGCACCACAGAGAUGGGAGCUCUGACUCCUGCCAUAUUUAUAAAGCAUGCAUUUGAUUGAGCAAUGCUUCUUAAUUGCCAAUUAACAUGCAGAUGGUUGCGGAUGUUGCAUUAUUUUGGGGCUUAGACAAUCACAAGUGCUUACACAGCUGGAUUGUGGGAAGAAAAUCACAAUGAAGUUUUUGUUGGCGUACUGCUCAAAACUAUGCUAUUUUUCAAGUUUAUAUAAAUCUGUGGAGCAUUUUUUACUCUGCAUGAACAAACCAGAUGUUCUUUUAAAUGAAGAAAUGGUAGUCACAUGGUACUAACAGUUAGUGAUGUGAUAGCAGCUCAGUAAGAUCAGGAGUUUGUUAAUUCCCUAUUAUUUUUUUAAACCUUUUUUCAACUUUUUAUGAGGUCAAAAAAGCAAUGCAAUAUGCAUUGAUUCCUGUGUUUAAGUAGCACCUUAUUGUUCAACAUACUUCCUAAACUUUAUGAUAUAUAUGCAUUUAGAAUGCAUUCAGAAAGUAUUCAGACCUGCUUCGCUUUUUUCAAUUUUUUUUACUUUGCAGCCUGAUGCUACAAUCUUUAGAUUGCAAAGCAGCGCCGCUGGAAUGCAAGACCCGCAUGACAGAGGAGUUUCGCGGUACUUACAGAAUCCCACCUGAGUACAAACUACUGAAGUGCUAUAGAACAGUAACACACGUGACACUGUUGUUCUGAACUGCAAGAGUAGGAUGAACUUGUCCUUUCAUGUAGGUUUUUGUGCUUCUGCCAUGGGUCAGUAACCCUUUAUAAAUUAAUGUGUCCCUCCUCGGCUCCUCUGACCUGUUGGCUACGGGCUCUUCUACGCCCCAUUAUGGCGUUUUGUCGAUGUAGUGAAAGGAAAUACAUCUGGCGUUUGUCUGGCAUCAACAUGGAUUAUUCUAUUCUGAAAUUUAAAUGGAUACAUUCAUUUGGUUUUGGCUGGUCUGUUGGUCUGGUCUGUUACCAUGUUGCAGUGGAGACAGACCAAACACGUAUCUGAUGUAUUUUAAGUGAGAGAGGUGACCUGCUUGACUUUCAUGUGUAGUUUUUUGCAAAUUCCAAGCUGGCUCUUAUGUGUUUUGACCCUUCUCCCCAGAUUGCUCAGUUAAGCUGAGCUCAGCCCAUCUCUUGGAAGAGUCCUGGUUGUGCCAAACUUCUUCCAGUUCCUUUGAACUCAUGGCUUUGUUUUUGCUCAGACGUGCUUUGUUAGCUGUGAAGUGUGUUUUUUCCAGAUCAUAUCCAUUCAACUUAAUUUACCACAAGGGGUUUCCAAUCAAACAUCUUGGCAAAGAGAAGUGAGAGGAACCUCAGCUAAACUUUAAGUGUUGUUGCAAAGGGUCUGAAUACCAAAAUCAAUGUGAUAUUUUAGUUUUUUAUUUUUCAAAAAUUUGGAAUUAAUUCUAAAAAUCUGUUUUCCCUUUGGAUUUAUGGGGUACUGAGUGUAGAUUAAUGAAAAAAAAAAUUUUAACGACUGUAGCAUCAGGCUGCAACGUAACAAAAUUGAUAAAAGGUGAAGAGGGUCUGAAUACUUUAUGAAUGCACUGUAUGUUAUAUAUUUUGUGAAAUGCAGCCUGUUUAAAAUUUCAGACUGUGUUAGAGUGAGUUGCUUGCUGUGACAAAUCAGAGGACUGUGGGCAUAUUACAGCAACAUUUUAAUGGCAAGUGAGGCAUUACAUAAUUGUUUUGCUCUAUUUCUAAAAGUUUUACUGAAUCCAUGUAAGCACUGGAUGGACGUGUAUUGAGAUGGCUUGUUUCUGGCCUUGUAAAUAUUGAAAGAAAAUAUUGUAAGAAAAUGGAGAACUGGCCAUAUCUUUUAUUUUGCCUUUACAGUGUUUAAUUUGGUGUAUUUUUUUAUUUAUUUAGUUGUUAUAAAACAGAGGAAUUAUAUUGAUAAUAGUUACUUUAAAUCAAAGUGUUCAUAGAAUUACUGUCAAAGGGCACAUCUCGUUAGCCAGGAAAAUGACAAGGUGCUCUACAGUGUGACAUAAAUGGAUCAUUUUCUAUCCAAAGUAAACACAUGGAGGGUCUUUAUAAAUGUUAGUAUGAUGGCAAUAUGUUCACUGAAAUGUGAUCGGUGAUAUUACAGGGAAGGCUUUGCUUCAAUAUUAAACACUGAAAGACAAAAGUGUUUGUUGUGUAACACAAACUGUUCAUCCAGCCACCCCACAUGUGCCAAAAUACACAGUGGAAGUCACCAUCAUUACACCACUCCUACAGUCUAUGAUCUCGUGUUUCUGUGACUAUAUUGUAUAUAGUCAUGUUAUUGUAGGUAUUGGGUCUGUGCAUUUGUGUGUACAGACCUAACUUGUUGUGCCUGGUUGUGCCUGCCUGGUUUAAGUGUCAAUAAAUUUCCUCAUUUUUUGAAACCUCAUGUUGACUUUUUUCAUUGAGACAAAUUAAGUCUAAGUGGAUCUUUGUUCAAAGUCACUAUUUGUAACGUAAUCACUGAAUAAAGCAUCAUACAUGUUAGUAACAAGAACUU